UUUCUCUUCCAGCCUCUUGCCGAGGACAUCGCCAAUCCCCGCUAACGUGCCAACUGGCUUCUCGCCCAUCGGCUCGGCCACAAAGUCCCGGUGCUUUUGGCUGGUCGUCAUGUCGGCUGCUGCCUUGUCCUGGCUGCUCGCGCUCCAACCGUCGCUCCCGCGCAACCCGCGAGUCUGCUUCCGGGUCGCGGGGGCGGAGGCUUUAAGGCCCGCUCUGCGCGAGAGGAGAAAGGGCGUUCUGGACUUCCGGCGGCCUCGCUUUCUCUACGGUCCUGGCGGCGUUCUAGGCGCCCGGAGGAGUCUCUAUGGCCUUUGGAGCCUCUUCAGGCCUGGUUGGAGGAGGAGAAGGCGGGGCAGAAGGGAGAGCUGCAGGGCUCCUCUCCUUCCUCUCAGGACCAGCAUCAUGUCUGAACGGGAAGAACGGCGCUUUGUGGAGAUCCCGCGGGAAUCGGUCCGGCUGAUGGCCGAAAGUGCGGGCGUGGAGCUGACCGACGAGGUGGCCGCUCUGCUGGCUGAAGACGUCUGCUACCGACUGCGAGAAGCAACCCAGAACAGUUCCCAGUUCAUGAAACACACCAAACGCCGGAAGCUGACGGUGGAAGACUUCAACCGGUCUCUCCGAUGGAGCAACGUGGAAGUGGUGUGCGGCCAUGGCUCUCCGGACCCUCUGCCCUUCCGGGCCAUUAAGGAAGGAGAACUUUACUUCCAAGAAGACCGCGAGGUCAACCUGGUGGAGGUUGCGUUGGCCACCAACGUGCCCAAGGAUUGUGCGGAGACAGCAGUUAGAGUUCACGUCUCUUACCUGGACGGGAAAGGUAACCUUGAGGCACAAGGCUCAGUGCCCAGUGCCGUCUCUAUGCUGACAGACGACCUGUUGAAGUAUUACCAGCAUGUGACUCGAGCCGUCCUGGGCGACGACCCUCAGCUGAUGAAGGUUGCCCUUCAGGAUUUACAGACCAAUUCAAAGAUUGCGGCUCUCCUGCCUUACUUUGUCUACAUCGUGAGUGGGGUCAAGUCGGUGAGCCACGACCUGGAGCAACUCAACCGCCUUCUGCACAUGGCGAAGAGCCUCAUCCAGAACCCUUACUUGUGCCUGGGGUCUUACGUCAAGAGCCUCAUUGCCAGCGUCAUGUACUGUGUCCUGGAACCUUUGGCAGCCUCCAUCAACCCCCUGAACGACCACUGGACCCUGCGUGACUAUGCGGCCCUGCUCUUGGGCCAGAUCUUCUGGACUCACGGGGAUCUGGUGAGCAGCUUGUACCAUCAGAUCCUGCUGACCCUCCAGAAGGUGUUGGCCGACCCCGUCCGACCCCUCUGCUCGCACUAUGGGGCCGUGGUGGGGCUGCAUGCCUUGGGAUGGGAGGCGGUGCAGCGGGUCCUGUACCCCCACCUCUCGACCUACUGGUCCAACCUGCAGGUGGUUCUGGACGAUUAUUCGGUGUCCAACGCUCAGGUUAAGGCCGACGGACACAAGGUCUACGGGGCCAUUCUGGUGGCGGUCGAGCGGCUUCUCAAGAUGAAAGCUCAGUCCCUCUCGGUGCCCGUCCAGGCUGAGGGUGGAGGUCCCGAGGGGCGCCCGCGGGACGGUGUGCCUUGGCUCAGCCCCCUCCAGGACGCUCAGGUGGAGUUUGGCUUCGGCAUCGCCAGCCACCUGCUGCAGCUGGGCAGCGGGGGCCCCCAGGCCGGGGUGGGCAUCCCCGCCAGCCCCCCAUCCGUCUCGCUCAACGAGAUUUACCAGGAGCUCUACUACUUCUUCGGGGACAGCCUGGCCACCCGUUUCGGCACCGGCUCGGGGCUGUGCCCGGCGGGGCCGAUGCCCACCGGCCCUCCCAAGACCACCGACACCAAGAAGGAGCAGCCGGCUUUUGGCACCGGGGACGCCGUGCGCAAGAUGCCUCAGCUGACCGCCAGCGCCACCGUCAGUCCUCGGGAAGAGGAGAGCCCCCGCGCGGACUUUUCAGCCAGCCGGCCUGCCUUGCAUCGCUCGGCCAGCCUGGCCCGUUCCCGCAGUGCCUUGCGCCAGCAGGGUCACCGGCCCGUCGCCCGGGACGUCUUCCAGAAGUGCCGGUUUUCCCUGCAGGGGGCGCCCCACUUCAGUUUUGUUAUCGCGGGGCGCCAAGUGGAGCGUCGGUGCCAGGGGCGCCUCUUCCAGACCUGUUUCUUACAGCACCAUGGCCCCACCCACGUCUCGCGCUACGCCCAGAAGCUGCCUAUGAUUGGUCGGACCAGCAAGCCCGCGAAAAAGUGGGGCCACUCGGACUAUUCCCUCUACUUACCUCUCUGAGCAAUGGGUCUUUUCCUAGCAGGAACAUCCAUUUGGGAGUUCCUGGUGCCCCACCCCCAGGACCCCCACCCUCCCAGGCCCACUUCCAUCCAGGGCUUGCUCCUGAUCCUUUGGAAGGGCCACUGAGGGCUGCCCCCUUGGAAUAGGCAAGCCCCUUUAAAAAUACAGAGGGAGUGGGCAAAUACAUUCUAGGUCAGGGGUCUCCAACCUUGGUCCCUUUAAGACUUGUGGACUUUAACUCCCAGCUUUGCUGGCUGAGGGACUCUGGGAAUUGAAGUCCACAAGUCUUAAAGGGACCAAGGUUGGAGACCCCUAACCUAGGUCCUCUUGAAUUCCCCAACCCCCCAUGCUUAUCUGUCCUUCUCUCAAUGUUGUAAUAAAAUGGAAAAAUAAGAUUGGUAUUUAACCCUACCCAAACAAUUCCCAAUUCUGCUUUAACCAGAAGCCCCCCCUGCAAAAAAAAUAAAAAUAAAAAUAAAAAUGGGGGGUGGGGGAGGCAGGAUUUUUUGUUGGAGGUUUGGGUCACUCUUUGAAUGUUUGUGGGGCAGAAAGAAAAAACAGAAGAAUUGGCUUUGAAUGUGUUUUUUUUUAAAGGGACAGGAAAUAUGUGUGAUUUGCAAAUGGAAACCUUUUUUUAGCCAAGCUGUAUUGACUUGAAAAACUUUGAAAAGAGAUCCAGUCGAAAUAGGGGUGUGUGUGUCUCUCUCUCUGCCGAUUCCUCCCCCCCCCCACACACAAAAAACACCUUGAUUUAAAACAGCAGGAGUUUUGCUUAUGCCUUCCUGCCGAGAGAUUAAAAACAUUU